AUGAAACAUAGUGAGGCAAAGAACAUUUGGAAAUUAUGAAACAUGGCUCAUGAGAAAACAUUCCUAAUAUGUUCUUGGCCCUCUAGGAAAUUAUGUCUUCUGACUGCUGUUAUUUGCUUAGGGAUAAGUUAUUUCCUUUUCACACCUCAAGAAGCUAAAACAUCAAUCAUAGCAACAAAGCAACUAAUUUUCAAUUCAGAGAAGAUUCCAUUUCAAGGAACAUCCUCACCCUAUGAAACCCCAGGAGAAAAACACCUUCACAACAUUACAACCCCCAGGCUACAACCCACACCUUCUCAUUUAAAGGUCAACCUAACAACUCCAAAAAAUAAGGAAAUGCACAAGGACCCUGUGCCAUACACAUUUCUAAUCCCAGAGGAAGACAAAUGUAAAAAGACUGCUCCAUUCUUGGUGUUUUUAAUAUGUACCACAGAGAGUGAAAAGUUAAGAAGGGAUAACAUCAGGAAAACUUGGGGAAAUGAAAGUCUGGUGCCAGGAUUUUCUGUGGUUCGUUUAUUUAUGCUAGGUGUCCAGAAGCAAGGCUCUACUGAAGCAAUAAGGAAAGAAAGCAUGAUGUAUCGGGACAUCAUUCAACAGGACUUUCAAGACACUUAUCAUAACCUGACCCUUAAGGUCUUGAUGGGCAUGAAAUGGGUUGCAUCUUAUUGUCCUAAUGCACACUUUGUCAUGAAAACAGAUUCCGAUAUGUUUGUUAACACUGAAUACCUGAUCCAAAAGCUACUAGCUACAAUAUCAGCCUCAGAGCUUUAUUUCACUGGCUUUCCUAUGAGAAAAUAUUCCCCUAUAAGGAAUAGCAAGAACAAAUGGUAUAUGCCUUUUGACAUGUACCCUGGAAAGGUCUACCCAGAUUUUUGCUCUGGAACUGGAUAUGUGUUCUCUGGAAGUUUGGCUACCAUGAUAUACCGAGUUUCUUUUAGUGUAAAAGUAUUACACUUAGAAGAUGUGUAUGUGGGUCUCUGCCUUCAGAAAAUAGGAGUCAGGGUGUCAUCACCACCAAGAGUUUCUUUAUUUAAUCCAUAUAAAGUUCGAUUUAAUCCCUGCAUCUAUAACAAACUUAUCACAUCCCAUUAUAUUUCUCCCAAUGAACUGCUUAUAUUUUGGGAUAAAAUACAAAAGAAAAAACAUGAUUGUUUUUAA